GAUGUUGCAGACCUCCUUGGAGACGUUCAGCGAUCCUCGUGGAUUCGGGGGUCUGGACGAGGAGGGACGGCGAAGGGAGCUGUCAGCGGCCUGCUGCCUUCUGCUCAAGACCUGCCUCUCACUCAUCCACGGAGUCCACGACCUCCAGUUCACCGCCAUGGUCACCAUCAACAAGGUCAUUGACACCUGCAUCGUCCACCGGUUGGCCCAUCUCAAGGUCAAGGUAUCCGAGGCUUUGGAGCACCCAUCCACCAGGUCUGAAAAAAAUGAGAAAAAACCAAGUGGAACUAGUAGUAAUGUUCAAGAAGAAAACAAACCUAACCGGAGAGGAAAAGCAACAAAGGGAAAAAGGCUGGGGUCUGUCUGGAGGCAUGCUGCAGGGGAGCACCUUGAGCAGGUCAGAAGAACUUUGGAGGCUGAAGUCGUUGAGCAUGAGGAAUCUGUUAUGGAUGUACUCUCAAGCGUGCAUGCCAUGUCCGUCCUGAACAUUCUCCACAAUGCACUUACUCUCUACAAGAGGGUGAUAGGGAGCAAGCAGCAGUGCACCCCUAGCCAGAGGUGGAGGCACUGCAGUUACCACUGUCUUCAACUUCUGGCUGCUCGAUCUCUUCUAUUUAUGGUUGAAGGGAGCACGGUACAGGCCCAGCUGGCACAGGAACCUCAAUUGAGGAUACUUGCAACUGCGCUUGACUCAACACAUGAUCCACAACUGCUUACAUUGGUUUUGCAAAUUGUGGCAACACUUGCUCUCGAUCCUGCAAACCAUCGGGCUUUGACUGAUCAUGGUCUCCCAGAUGUUCUGUCACAACUCCUGUUGCCUUCAGAUGAAUGGUACUAUACCAAUCAUUCGACCAAAUAUGCACGUUAUGUCAAACAUCAUGUAGCAAGGAUUCUAGUAUAUUUGGGCUUCCAACACAGAGUCAAUCUUCGAUUCUCUGUCUACGACAUCCUACAUGAUGAUGCACCUCCUCCAACACCACUUCUAGAAUCCAUUGAAGAUACGUACAUAAUCAAUACAUCAGCACCACCUAACUCAGUGUCUUGUAUUCAUAGUAAAACACUCCUUGGAGUAUCUGUUGAAAGUGCGGUCAUCAGUGUUCUCAAAUCCUUGGAGUCUUCUGUAACUUCUGGUGGUGCAGCUGAGUACUCAACUCUUCAUUGGGUUCUCAGUGGUCAUUCAUACUAUAAUCAUACAUAUAACUUAUGUCAGAAUGACAGGAAACCUCCAUCUGAUGCAUUGUCUUCAGUUUUUGCUCAAGCUUUCCUGACAUGUUAUCCAGCUGUCCUUUCCCCAGUUAUUGUACUCCGUCUCCUUCUGCAUAGACUGCUAACAACAGCAGCACACCUGCAAAGGUGGAAGUCAUGUACUUCAAGAUCCUCUUUUGCUUCAGCAGCUCAUGAAGUUCCUCGCAGUCCCCGCAGUAGGGCUUCCUCAACUGAUACAGAACCUUGCACAUUGAGGACACGGAGGAAGGUUAACCUGAAAGUUGACUGUUCUGGAGGAGACGGAAGACCAUCAAUACCAAGAGAUAGCAUUGGUUCUGCAUCUGGUCUUGAACCGGCUAUGCAUGCCACAAUGUUUGCCUUUACACAUUUUGCUCACAUCCUCCGAACAAGGUCAAAGGAAAGCAUUCGUUCAGGAGAAAGCUCAGAAGGAAGAUUAAGUCCUAGUGAUAAUCAGUUCCGUUUUUUCUACCCAAAAAAGCACCGCUUUUCAAGUGUACGAAGCAAUAAGCAAAGGUCCAAAUCCCAUACUAAUAUUACUAAAGUACUACACCAUGCAGAUGUUGCACGGUGGGAAACACCAGAAUCUGAAAUUCUGGCUUUUCAAAAACAGCUUCAGAAUCUUCCAGAUUUUGAUUCCUUAGAAGGUGGCGGAAGUGACGAUAGUAAACCGACUCUGAGACCAAGAUCAAGAUCUAUGCCAAAAGUCACUUAUGAAGGAUCACGCUUCCUUACACUUCCCGAGGUUGGUUGGGCAAGACUACCAAGGGGUCGCAGCGCUGGGGCACUUGGUGGUCAUGAACCCAAUCCAACACCACAAGCAAUGGCCCUGUUUUGGUUCCAGCUUCUGGGUAGCCCCGCAUCGACACCCGUCGAGGAGAGGCGGGUGUCAAGCGGGACUCUCCCUGCAGCCCCUAGUCGUAGGUCUUCCUUAUCUCCUUCAGACAGGGCUAACAGGAGAAGAGACAGUCCUGCCUGUAUUCAACUUGAUAUACCUCCUUGGCAUAAAGUCAUUCUCAACUUUAUAGAGGAAUGGCUGAGGGUUUCUCGAGUAGAACUAGAGAGGAAUCCCAGCCUUUGCAAAGAAAUCAGAGAUGUCCUUGCAAAAGUUGGACCUCUCGGCGCUCCUUAUCAGCAAUGGUGCCUUGAACUUAAACAAGAAUUUUCAGCAUUGAAUAAAGAUCCUGACCAAGAGAGUUCUGAUGAUCACGAAGAGACUGAUAAAGAAUAUUGCCGCGUGAGUAAUUUUUUUACACUUUCUUAUGUCUGA